AUGAAUUACUCCAAAACGGAGGAACAACCACACGCAAAGAGGAAACGAAUAAGCCAGGCUUGCGAUUUUUGUAGAUCCAAAAAAGCGAAAUGCGAUGGACUCACACCUUCUUGCACAAAUUGUGCAAUAAGCGAAGAAGAGUGUAAAUACACCCAAUCAUCAAAACGAAGAGGACUACCGACUGGUUACACCCACGAUCUAGAAAAGAGAAUCUUGAUUUUACAGGGUCUUCUUGGUAAACUCUUGGAAAUCGACGACAACACCAAAGAUAAUAUAGCAAAAUGUGUCACUGAUACUAAAGAGUUUGUUGGCGAGCUAUCACUAUUGAAUACAAAUUGGUCGAGAAGCCCGUCUUCAAAGCUUGUGAAAUUAGUAAUGGAGGAAAUGAGCCCAGUUUUUCAAGGUGUAAAAACUUCAAACUUGGUUAAAGCAACAUCAACAAAUGCGAAUAGUGCAACAGAAGGAGGCCGGAACAGCCUCAGUCAAGUCAGCAACAGUUUGCUGCCAUCAACUUCCUCUGAAUCUCGUCCCAAUAAUACUAACAAUAAUAAUAACAACGACAACAAUAACAACAACAACAACAACAACAACAACAGCAACAACAACAACAACAACAACAACAACAACAACAACAACAACAACAACAACAACAGCAAUCCUACCCAGUCAAAAAUCAAGAUUGAACCUAGCUCUAACAACAACCAACCAAAUCAAGUACCCUCGGUGGUUAUACCACCAUUACCAAAUCCUUUCCCAGUUAUGUCUCAACAGUAUCCUUUCAACAGUAUGGUAGGAACACCUUCAACCAUGUACCCCGAACCAAUCAACUUUGUCAAUGACCCAUCUUUUUUCCUCAGCUAUGAUAUUUUCCAGUUUCUUUCCGACGAGAUUGAAAGUGCAGGUAAUGCCAACAUCUUAGAACCUGUUGCAUUGCAAUACCAUGGCUUAUCGUCGAUUAUAUCAGGAUUUACAAACAAAGCCAUUCAGCAAAACUAUAACCAAAAAGGAAGUCGAAAAAAGAACCCAUUCAGGGUGGGAUCCAUCUUCAAUGUCUCGUCGUUUGCCAUUAAUGCAAGCUUGCUGGAUAAAAUCCAGCUACCACCUGAACUUUUCCAACUACCUGCCAAUGUUCAUCAAUUAGUGAGUAACUAUUUCCAGAUAUUUCACAUAAUGAUUCCAAUGCUAGAUAAACUCGUUGUUAAUAGGCAACUACAUCAACUACGAACUCUAUAUGGCGAUGAUCAACGACAAAAUGUUGAUUGUAAUUUGAUUGCAUUGUUAUGGGCAGUUAUUGCAUUGGGGGAAUAUAGCACCAACAUAACGGGCGACUUGCGUACUAGUAUGAAGUAUGCAAAGGUUGCAAUUAUGGCCUUGGAGAACUCGCUAACAUCGACUAUUGAGACCAUGCAGGCAAUGUUGCUACUAGGCCUUUAUUACUAUCAAGCGGGACAAUGGGAUUUUUCAUGGGUUUUGAUAAGCUCUAGUUCUCGAAUGGCAAUUGAUGUUCGAUUAAUGAGAACAGCAUCAGAUGAAGAGGAUAACAAGUUCAACCCCAAAUUCAAUAACAAUAACAACAACAUCAAUAGUCCUAGCUCCAACCUUAAAGACACCACCUCUUCUAGUAAUAUUGCAAGCUCGACAUGGAACAGUAUUAGUCGAGAGCGCACUUGGGCCACAGUGUAUGUCCUUAAUACAUUUCUUUCGGCGCGAAUGGGUAGAUCUCCAGUAGUAAGAGCUGGCGAUUGGCCCGUGCCGCAAAUACGCAAUGAAGGAUGGGAAGAAUGGGACCCAUGGUCAUGUUAUUAUGCACCAGAAACUAUUAAACUAGACCAUGGUUGUUUUCUCUCGAGCUUCAAUGAGUUUUUAAAGGUAAUGAUGAUAUUAAAUAUGGCUAUAACAUCAACAUUGGAUACGUCAAAGGGGAUGAUUGAAGACCAUGAAGGCGAAGUGAAGCCUGAUUUAAAAAUCGAUUAUGAUGAUAGGAGAAACUCAAACAAUAUGACUAUGCAGGACUUUCAAAACUCUAUAACUGAAUGGAGAAAUGGUCUUCCCGAAUUUGCCAAGUUGCAAAAGGACAAUAACUCACCAAAUAUUCUUGCAUUAUAUGGUGUUGAGCAAUUGGUAUGGUGUGUUUUGCUGGUUAGGUUAAGCUCCAUCAACGGUGGUAAUAACGAGAUGCAACAGAAAGUUAUCAAGGCCAGGAACUAUUACUACACUAAAGCAGUUGUCGAGUUGAAAAAACUAUUUACCACAGAGGUAUUAGAGUUGUUCCGCUGCUAUCCGUUUGUGGACUAUGUCUUUACCAUGAUGUUGAAUUUUCCUCGGAUGUUGGAUUUUACCACAGAACAAGAGAAGAUUGUGUUUUGCAAAGAUGUGAGACUUAUGAUGAAGAAAGCAGCUGAAACCUCAGCUCCAAUGAGUAUUUCAUGCGAGAUAUCAAGCAAGAUGAAUACGGAGCUGCAGCCGCAGCUGCCUAUUGAGGCCACACCAAGAGCACAGGAGAGCUCCAAUAUAGCAAAUUUGCUCAAUUCACCAGGUACGAAAGCUUCGGCACUUCAACCGCCACUAAUCAAUAGUUCUCAUAACUUAUCACCACAGCCAUCACCUCCAUCAAAGUUCCACAGGGAAAUAGAAGCGAAAGGUCAGGUGCAAUUGCGAGAUCGACAACUGAACAACGAAAUUGAUUAUAUUCAGCAGUCCAAAACAUUGCUUGAUGGUGUUAAUGCCCUAAGUCCUCCCACAAACAAUAGGUAUCGAGAGAAAUUUAAGCGCAAAGCCUCAAAUUCACCCACGGCGUCAAUACCCAGUAUAUCACAACCGCCUUCUAAUCAAAACUAUAAUAUUAGCCAUACAGGUCACUCCAACAAUCAUAACCCACAAUUUAUUCGAAAUCAAUCUUCUACAAUUUCUUCAACCUCCACAUCAAAUUUACCACUUAUGCCUUCUCAGAUACAUCAUGUGUCACAGAUUCCACAAAUAUCUCAAGUGCCUCAAAGCAGUAAUCCUUUGGUACGUGGCUCAUUUCCCUUCUAUAGAUCUAUGGGAAAUACAGAGCAACCACAAACACAGCCACAAGCUCAAGUGCAGGCACAGCCACAAGCUCAAACUCAAACACAGACACAAAAUCCACCCGUAUCGAUGAUGUCACCUUCUGGGGGAGGAGCGUAUUAUGCGCCACAUCAAAGCAUUGGUGCAUCGCCACUUCAACAUCCUCAUUCUCAUCCAUACCCACCACACUUUGGACAAGCUCUUUUUACACCUCAACUAGUUCAACAAGUAUAUCCUAUACAAUCACAGCAACCACCACCACCACCAACACAACAGCAGAUAGGUUUACCGCAUCUUCUGCAGCAACAGCAACAGCAACAUCAACAACAACAGCAUGGACAGGUCAAUGGAGAAAAUACACACCAAUCACAAACAUUUGUGCAACCUCAACCACAACCUGGUGUACAUCAUUCGCCACAAAGUAGACAAUAA